AAUUGACCGGCGAGCACACAACCAGCCAUCUCCUCCCCCAACUGCAAACCUCCUCCACAGAACCACAGCGUUAGGCAGCUCAUCCUCGACCUUCAAAGCACCUUGCUAAGCCUAAGCCAUGGCUGCCAAGAUCACCUCAUGCUUUACCUUCCUAAAGGAAGCUCUGAUCCUCCCCGCGCUAAACCCCAAGCUCUUCGCACCCGUGCUCCUCCUCUUCGCCGUCACCGCCUUCCUUGACCCCUUGGCCCACGUCGUGUUCGUCCGGCCUCUCGCCGAUGGCAUGGCCAGCCGUCUCACCGAGAUCAACAGCACCGACCCCUCGAGCGCCGAGUACGCCAAGCUCGCGGAGAAGCUCAUGGAGACGGAGGAGAUGAAGCAGGUUGGCAAGAGGAUGGUCCGCAUCACCAUCGCCCAGUUCACCGUCGGUCCGGCGCUCGGCCUCGUCAAGCAGAUCCUCGCCCUCUUCGCGGCCUCCACGACCUACUCCGGCGACCGCUACUCUCUAGCGGGGCUCCUGCGCGAGCUGGUCAGCGGGAGGAUCAGCCUGAAGGGCCCUUCCAUCACCAUCGCCGUCGUCGGCGCGCUUGACUUCGCAGGGGCAGUCCUGGCCGCGCUGCGUUAUCAAGUGAUGAGCGGCCGUUCGGGGUGGCUCUCCGUCCAGGGUCUCGUCUCCCUCAUCGCGCACCUUGCCUACCUCUGCUUCACCGUCAUCGCGCUGGUGGGCGUCGCAGCGUCGGUGGCCGACAGCAGGAAGUGCCGCGGCGUGCGCGCGCUCCGGCAGGCGUGGCGGCUCGUGACGCGGGUGAGGAGGAAGGAGGGCCUCGUGCUGGUGGUCGUGGCAUACCUCGGGCCUACCGUUGUGGCUCCGCUGCACAGGUUCGCUCUUGGGUAUGCCAAGAGGAGCAUGGCGGCGUGCUUGUGCUUGGUGGCCGUGUAUGCUCUUCUGUCUGGCGCGCAGCAGCUAUUCUCCUUGGCGGCGGCCACGGUGUACUACUACCAAGCCAUGGAGAGCAAGGAGGUGAUCGAUGCCUUGUGGUUAUGCUAAGAUUAGAUUCCUUCCAGUCUAAUAGAAUAUACGUGGGAUUAUAUUUGCAGUC